AUGAUUGCGACAGUUGUUUAUUUGCCUGAGCUCUUUCCCGUGCUAUCCCCGCAGGGCAAGUCUGAUGUGGGCAAGGAGAUCCUGUAUGCGGAUCGUGCCAAGAUCUUCCCAUGGCGCCCCCGCGUCUACCCUGCCAACCGGAAGCUGCUGAUGUACAGCGCCAUCGCCCAGGCCCUCUUCCUCGCGUACGGGGUGUUCAACCCCUCCCUCACGCUGCCCAUCGUAUACGGUGCAAUGGGCGGGGCUGUUGGGCAGCUGCUGAAGCAGAACGAGAUCAAUCCGCCGCCCCCUCCUGGGGCAGAGGCCGGAGCAGGAGGCGGCAUGAAGAACGUCCUGCGCGGCUUCUUCCUCGCUUUCCUGGCCACCUCGCUGGGCUGCCUCUUCACCUUCACCAUCCCUGACGGCAUCGCCAGUGCCACAGGGCGCGUGCUGCCCUUCUGGUUCUACCAGAACCAGAACACACUCCUGACUCUUGGGACGACGGUGCUCAACUUCUUGUCGGUUGCCUUCUUCCGCUGA